GUGCGCUUGUGCCUGUGUCAGUGUGUGAUUGCGUGUGUGCGUGUUCAGUCAGCAGCAGAAGCAGCAACAGCAGGACGAGCACUCGUGCGGCGGCAGACGCGCUGCAGGAUCCGGCUGCGGGACGCUUUUUGGAAGCCUGCAUCGCUACCCCGACAGUUAAUUGGACUUGUACCGGAGUCCGCCUAAUUCGGGUCCGCUAUGGAUCGUCUACCAGCACGGACCAGACGGCGCGUCUUGGCACCAAAACGAUCGUGAUUGUCAUCCGCUGGAUCGGAGCAGGAGAGCUGAACUUUCGGGUUGCUUUUAUUUUUUGCUCUGCAAGUUGAUGACUACAUGUGAGCGUCAUUGGGGGGACCAAAGUCAUCUUUUCUCUCUCAUGGGGUGACCCACGUUAGAGCUCCUGAGACGAGACUCUGGGACAGGCGUCCCCCUCCCUUUUCUCCUUCCGGCGAGCGGCACGGCCUACCAAGUGAAUGAAUCUUUGCCGUGAAGCGGCAGCGGUGUCCCAGCUCGUCGCCAUGAGGAGCAGAUACUCACAGUACUACAACCGGACUCUGAUCCCCUACUACUACGUGUUCGCCAAGAACAUGACCCUGGAGGACCUAGACAAGCGUUACGAAGACAAGAAAUUGCUGACGGACCCCAGCAUCAUCAUCGUGGUCCUGUGCACCAUCAUCAUCCUGGAGAACCUCCUGGUGCUCAUCGCCGUGUGCCGUAACAAGAAGUUCCACACGGCCAUGUUUUUCUUCAUCGGCAACCUGGCCUUCUCCGACCUCCUGGCCGGCUCGGCGUACAUCGCCAACAUUUUCCUGUCGGGCUCGCGGACCUUUGACCUGGUGCCCGUGCAGUGGUUCAUCCGGGAGGGCACGGCGUUCAUCGCCCUGGCCGCGUCGGUCUUCAGCCUCCUGGCCAUCGCCAUCGAGCGCUACAUCGCCAUCAACAAGGUCAAAGUCUACGGCUCCAACAAGACCUGCCGCAUGUUCCUGCUCAUAGGGGCCUGCUGGGUGACGUCCAUCCUGCUGGGCGGCCUCCCCAUCAUGGGGUGGAACUGCAUCGACAACCUCCCGCAGUGUUCGGCCGUGCUGCCGCUCUACUCCAAGAAGUACAUCCUCUUCGUGGUGACCAUAUUCAGCCUCAUCCUGCUCUCCAUCGUCAUCCUCUACGUGAGGAUCUACUUAAUCGUACGCUCCAGCCACCAGGAAGCCCCAAACUCCCCCACCUACUCCCUCUUGAAAACGGUCACCAUCGUGCUUGGCGUCUUCAUCAUGUGCUGGCUUCCCGCCUUCACCAUCCUCCUACUGGAUUCCUCGUGCACCAUCCGGUCCUGCCCCAUCCUCCACAAAGCCAACAUCUUCUUCGGCUUCGCCACGCUCAACUCGGCGCUCAACCCGGUCAUCUACACGCUGCGCAGCAAGGACAUGCGCAAGGAGUUCCUGCGCGUGCUAUGCUGCUGGGGGGUCCUCCAGAGCGGGCGGCCCGCCGAGCGCUGCCUGGUGCCGCUCAAGAGCUCCAGCUCGCUGGAACACUGCACACACAAACACGAACAACCGAACACGCCCAUCAUGCAGAACUGCACCACUUGCGUGUGACGGCGGCGGGCAAGAGAAGAGAGCGGAUGCAAUCGCCUGAGUUGGGAUGCGAGGCCACUUUUGAACACCAACAAGAUCUCCACAUUGGGGUGCUUGGCAAAUGUGAAACUCUUCAUGGGUACUCUUGUGACAUCACAUGGAGUCAUUUUAAUGUAUACUAGGCUGGAUUUACACUGCAUGGUGUGACGCAAUUCAGGGUUUUUUUGGCUCUCAAGUGACAAUAACCACAUAUGUCAAAUCAUCAUUUCCCCUUAAAAUGAAUAGAAUUGCCGUUAAUCUGUUCCGGCUACCCCCCCCAAACAAAAUUAUGGGUUUGUGUUUUUUGAUAAGUGAAAAUAGCACUCAAUAAUAACUUACAUUAUAAAAAGAAGGAAUUAAAUAAAAAUUCAAAUGUACGCAAUAAAGUCAUACAGACACAAAUUAGAAUAGCACUUUUACUAUUACCGUAAUUGAAGAUGCUGUAAUAUUAAUCAUUCUUGGCAGAGGAUAAAGAAUAUGUGGCAGUGAGUAUUGUUAUAUUAAAUGUGUACAUGUAUUGCUACAUUGUGUGUGUUUUAAAUGUUGGUCGCUUAAAAGGUUAAAAAAACCACACACACAACUGUUCAUGCUAGCUCUUAGCAUGCUAAUAGAAUUUUCCAAUUUAAAUUCAAAAUAAGUGGAGAGUCAACCUCAUGUUUAAUAUUUGUGUUAUUUAUAAAUCAUUGUUUAGUUCCAUGUUGUGUUCACUGCCCUCUGUUAAUAUUUGUGUCAUUAUCUCUGUGCAAUUUAGGGACAGCAGAUGUUUUCCGUAUAAACACAGCCAUUUUGAGGAUACGAGUCACUUGAACCGUACAUAACGACAAAUAUGUACUUCCAAUCGGAAUUGAGCAACUGCAGUGUAAAUCCAGCCUCGGAAGCCAAAACCAAAAAGACGCGCUGAACACCACAUUUGUGUUAUUUUUCGCAGCGUCUUCAACGCAAAGCUUUCAGCGUUGCACUUUGUAGCGUUUAGGCCAAGCUCCUGACACUCCGACGUUGUCACGUGCGUGACCUUUUUGGGAUUUCCUCUGAAUUCAUGGAUGCAAAAGUAGGAAUCUUGAUGAUUGUAACACGAGCCAUACGAUUACUAUCCCUUUGCAUUGUAUUGUACUUGAUGACUAUAUGAAGUCCUGUUUGCUUUAAAAAAACAACAACAACGUAUCCCAAACAAGGAGGUGAAUACAGGACAUAUUAAGCCUUUUUGAAAACCCAUUCCACAACGCACGGCUCAAAGCAGGGCUAUAUAGUCCCGAUAUAACCUUACUUAAAAUCCAUUUGAGUAACCAUAAUCUGCUUCUUUGUAAUGCAUGGAAUUGUAGCUCAUUACAUGUGUAUGAUGUACUCCAGCUUCCAUCACUAACCCUCCUUUCUAUUUUUCCCGUUGUUUAUAUUGACGCUCAUCUUGUGUAUGUAUCUUCCAGGGAAAGCACAUUUCCUCCAGUGAUUCGCUUUGACUGGUUAUUUGUCCCUGACAGUGUUGUUAGCAACGUUUCUGUUUGCGCCAUCCAACUUGGCUGAAUGUAUGCAUGAAGAAGAAGAAGAGGAGGAGGUUUUCGGGGCAGUGGUCCCGUGGUCGACAGUAUUACUGCUCAUCCUGACUCACUGUGAAGUCUUAAAACAAAAUCCUGGUUUCAUUCGUCCGCCGUAUGUCUUGUGUGCAACUCGAGCUGUGGGACCAGAUCUGGUUUCAAAGACCCAAACCUAGGAGGUCAACAUCAUCCUCAUUCCGGAUAACUAACAGGAAGUCCUGUUGUGUUGGUUUGUCCGUGUUGUCCGGUUCCUGUUGUUCGGGAUUAUUCUCCCAUUCGUCCUGUGUGUGUUAUUUUUAUUACAAAUAAUUUAAAAAAAAAUCACAAUCAUUCAUACUCACACAGACCAGCAGAAAUGGUGAAAAGCACUUUGGCAGCUUCAGUGAUGUCUUUUUUUUUUUUUUUUUAGGCGUCUGUCGUGUCACUUGUCGUGUCGCCUGACUAUAAAUAUAUGAACAUGUAUGUAAGUAUGUACAGUUUAUAUGCGUGUGUGUUUAUGUAUGAAAAUGUGUCUUGUGUGCAAUAGCCUUUUGUGUCCUGUAGCACGCUGCCUGUGUCCAUUCGGUACAAUCUGAAACACUAAUGUAGGUACAUUGUUUUUGUUUACUGCAUUCCUUUUUUUUUUAAUAAAAU